AUGGACGAUGCAGACCUUUUUCGCGAGGCUGGACAAUCUAUGGUGGACCUGCUGAUCGCCUAUACCGAAGAACUUCGCUCUAAACGUAUGUCCGUGCUUCCUGCUGCCGAGGUGAGGCCGGGUCACCUCCUCGCCCAACUGCCCGAAGAACCACCCGAGACAGCGGAAGAUUUCUCAAGCAUUACCCACGACAUCUGGAACAAAAUAUUUCCAACUUUGUGGCUUUGCUCUGAACGUUGUAUCGCUUUGGUUCUGAUGAGCCUGAAAGUCGAUUCGUUGGUCACGUUGGAACCUGAGCUUCUGACUGCUGCCGAUGAGAUUUCUAGUCAGGAUGUAGCGCAGUUCAGUUACGUGAUCAAGCGUCCUAUUCAUCAUCUCUGCAGUUCAACAGCCAAUCCUCGAAAAGCCAAAACAACCUUAACAAAUCAUUGUCCAGCUGUGAAUUCUGGUUGUGCUCCCGAACUCUAUAAAUCCUCUCAAUGUCCUGCUGCUUUAGUCAAUGACAGAAUUCAUUCUCCAAGCUGUCCAUGUAUACAUUUACCAAAAGAGGUGAGAGUGGAGAUCCCAUCGGUAGUCCAAAUAUUUGCCCAUAGAUAUUGCCCUUGA